GGCUUUAAGGGAAAAGGUUCUAAUACCGACAUAGCGCAUACAAUUCCCCCGUAUAAGCCCCCACUCCGCCGUCUUCCGCCGGCUCCUACUUCUGACGGAAAAUUUUCAUCUCUUUAGUGUUCUCUGUUCUUGAUGUCAUCUGCUUUGAGCUAUGGAUAACGAGGUGGUUGAAACUUCCUCCGAAUUACCACUGCCGGAAGACUUUCUGCAUUUUCUCAAUCAAAACGGCUUGGAUCCUUCAAUUUAUGUUGCUUCUCACUCUACUCCUCGUUAUAUUAGGUUAAAACCAGGGUCUGAAGCCCAGCUUCCGGAAAUUGAAGCAGAGAUUAAAUGUAAGCUUAACGAAGUGAGUUGGUUGCCCAACUUCUACUAUCUUCUGCCUGAAGUUCGAAUAGCCAGCACGAAAGCCUAUCAAGAAGGAAAGAUAUAUGGCAUAGAUGCAGCUUCAGGAGCUGCUGUUGUUGCUUUGGAUAUUUCUCAGGGAGAUCAUGUUCUUGACCUCUGUGCAGCUCCUGGUGCUAAACUUUGUAUGAUAUUGGACCUUCUUGGCUGUUCAGGUUCUGUAACUGGUGUAGAUGUUGCUAGACAUAGGUUAGCAGCUUCUAGAACAAUGCUGCAGAAAUAUGCUCUUGGUGACCGAUGUCGUCUUUUUGUUGCGGAUGGAACAACAUUCUCCCUUAUUCCAGUCAGGGUCGAAUCUAACUCUAAAUCAUGCAAUGCUGAAAUGGAAAAAAAUUUGGAGAUAUACAAGGAGUGGACUCCUAGGAGACCAUGGAAAGAACGGAAAAGGAUGGCUAAAGCUAUGGAAUAUAUUGAUUCUAUGAUGUCCAGACAAGUUCAGGAUCCAGAACUUAUAUUCUAUGGUCGUCACUCUGGGGUGGUUGGUUUGAGCAAACACGACGUGUUCCAAACCUUUGAUGACAUUGAGAUUUCGCAAUUUGGCUAUGACAAGGUUCUUGUGGAUGCAGAAUGCACACACGAUGGUUCAAUUAAACACAUUCAGAAGUUUGAACAAUGGGGCUGGACAACACUUUCACGCCGUGUACUGGAUGCUGAGAGGACUGAUGCCUUGACUGUUCUUCAGUUAAAGUUGCUCACCAAUGGAUUCAGAUUACUCAAAGCUGGGGGAUGUCUUGUCUAUAGCACCUGCAGUUUGACAGUUGCUCAGAAUGAAGAUAUAGUAGAGCAGUUCCUUUCACGACAUGUAUCAGCUGAGUUGCUGGAGAUAGAAGCUGCCAAGAAUUGGCCCUGUAGGCAAGCAAGAAUACCAAAGACUUUACGGUUUGAUCCACUUACAUCAUCUACAAGUGGGCUUUUUGUUGCCAAGUUCACAAAGUUGGACAUUUGAUCAUUGUUACAUUAGCAGACUGAAUUUGUCCUUUUGAAGGUGGUCUUGAUAGGUUAUUAAAGAAAGCCUUCUGUUACAUUGGUCUAGAGACAGCUAGUUUGUAAAAAUCUCUGGGAGACUCAACGAAGCUCUUUGCUGCCAGAAUCAAAACUGAGGGUUAUCCUAUGCUGAUAGUUUCUCAAGAAAAGAAUACCUUCAGUCUCUUUGAAUUGAGUGUCUAUAGAAUCCACUCUCUUAGGUAGUAAUUCACUGAGUAGGUUUAUGAGUCAUCAAGUGUGCACAUAAUGAUGCCAUGCAGUGAUACACAGUAUGCAUAAUGCAAAUUGUCACAGUCCUGGAGCGGCUAUCCAAGCGCAUGGAAUGAAAUGAGCCCAUCAUGCGAAGUAUGAUUUCUGUCGCAUUAUCAGGUUUGUA